AUGGGUGAUGCCGGUCCUUCGGAACGGUGGCAGCGUGAGCGUGGUAGUCGACCAGUUCGGAUUGCGAAUUGCUCAGGCGCACGCGGCGACCCUGGUUACCAAAUGCGUCGACAAGCUACGCAAGGCCCAAUCGACUUCAUUACAGGUGAUUAUCUCGCUGAGAUGAACCUAGCCGAAAAUGCAGAGAAAAUGGCUGUAGGUCAACAUGAUGGAUGGGAGCCAACUGCUUGGGAUGGCCUCGAGCAGACUCUAGAUGUCCUGAAUGAGAAACGAAUCAAGGUGAUUAUCAAUGGAGGUGCUCUCAAUCCAAGUGGUCUAGCGCGUAAAACGCAAGCAUUGGUCACAGAGCGUGGAUACGAUCUCAAAGUCGCAUACGUCUAUGGCGAUGAUUUCAGAGACGAAGUCAAAGCCGAGUUGGAGCGGACUAAUAAGCUUCCACAACAUCUGGAUGGCGAGAACAACGAUAUUAGCUUAAUGGAAAAUGCGACCGCCUUGUUGGAUACGAAGGGCAAGCCUAUCGUUAGUGCAAACGUGUAUCUCGGGGCACGGGGAAUUGUCAAGGGUCUUGAACUCGGUGCCGAUAUCAUAAUUUGUGGCCGCGUCGCGGAUGCCAGCCCAGUCAUCGGUGCUGCCUGGUGGUGGCACAAUUGGACAGACAAGGACUACGACCAGCUAGCAGGCACUCUAAUCGCUGGUCAUCUCAUCGAAUGUUCAGCCUACGCAACAGGAUCAAAUUUUGCCGGCUUCGACGAAUACGAUAUUAACAACUUCGUCGACUUAGCAUUCGGUAUUGCAGAAGUUGCUGCUGACGGCACAAGUGUGGUUACAAAACACGAAGGUACGAAAGGACUGGUAAACGUCGACAAUGUCAUCUGCCAGUUCCUGUACGAGUUGCAGGGACCAAUUUAUCUCAAUUCUGAUGUCACAGCCAACGCAAAGGAUCUUCAGGUAGAGCAGGUCGGCAAAAAUCGAGUAAGGCUAUCGAAUGUGAAGGGUUACCCACCACCUCCGACGACGAAACUAGCAAUCUUUUAUCGUGGUGGAUAUGAGAGUCAGAUAUUGUUUAAUGCGACAGGUUACGGCACGAAGAAGAAAUACGAGCUGAUGCAGAAGCAAAUUAGGUUUGGCCUGAAAGAGAAAGGACUUGAAGAUAAAUUUCAGCUGCUGGAUUUCCAGGAAUUGGGCACGCCGGCGCCCAAUCCCAGAAGUCAGUUCGAAAGUACAACAUAUCUGAGAGUCUUUGCGCAGACAGACCACGAAGCAACAUUGUAUGGUUUAUUGAAGACAUUCUCCGAAUUCGCCAUGCAGCAUUAUUCGGGCAUGCACCUAUCUCUUGAUAUGCGCACAGCCUUCCCAAGAAGCUAUCUUGCAUUCUAUCCAGGCUUGAAAUCGCAAGACGAAUUACAGGAGGGUAUUGCAGUUCUUUCCCGCGAUGGUUCAGUCGCACAGAAAGCGGACGCUGGCCAUCCAUCCGCAUACCAGAAACUCCAACCUCGAGAGAAUUACGAAACGGCCGACCCGGUCGAUCUUGCCUCUUUGGGUGAGACAGUACGAGUUCGUCUUGGUGAUGUUGUCCUCGCUCGCUCAGGCGACAAAGGUGCAAACAUCAACAUUGGACUAUUUGUCCGCAAAGAUUCCCACUACCCAUGGCUUAAGUCAUUCUUGACACGGUCGAGAAUGCAGGAGUUGAUUGGUGAUGACUGGAGACCAGACUUCUUCAUCGAGAGAUGUGAGUUCCCGAACUUAUUAGCUGUGCAUUUUGUGGUCUAUGGACCAUUGGGACGGGGUGUGAGUAGCUGUCGAUUGCUGGAUGCAUUGGGGAAAGGAUUUGCAGACUAUAUUCGGGACAAGGUUGUGGAUGUUCCUAAAAGUAUUGUUACUGACAUGCAGGCGAUAAAAGAGAUGAGGAGAGCGAACUUGUAG